CGAUUUUGGAUAUCUUGACAGCUGCUGGCAGCUGUCGACAGCCGUCAACACCACACCCAACGCUCAAUUUCAGCGUAAACCCUCACGCACCGAAUGCGCAAUAACUCCUCACUCUUAACGGGUAUAAAUAGAGGGCUUCUCUCCCAGUUGCUCCAGCCUUUUCUUCUCUUUCUUCAGCAACCUUUCGCAUUCCGACUUGCGAUUUGGUUUGCCUUGCUAUACACUUGUUGCUUUCGACACUUACUGCUUGACUCGACAGCUUCUUUCUUUCCACAUUGUGACUCUUGUUUUGUCUUUCCUUUCUUUUCGCACUUCACCUCCCUCCUCCCCACUCGCCCUCACCCUCGCCCUCUCCUAGUCAAGUGACUCGGUAUGUAUGUACUAACUUGCAUUUCCACAUUUGUCUUCCUGCUCUUGAUUUCGCGCUUUUUUGUGGUCAUUCGACCAGGUCUGGAUUGGGUCUGCUUUUUGUUUCCUUUGUCUUUGCUUUUUCGUCUUGUUUUUUGGUCCCGGGCCAUUUGGCCUGGGAGGGGGUCUUUUUGGGGUUGUUUUUCUUGCGGGCGUUGGAGUUGGAGUUCAAGGCGUUCGGCGUAUUUUGCAUUUCCUCUCGUCCUGUACUUGGUUUCCCCUGGGGGCUGGUCUGUGGUGAUGACAACUGUUUCACACACCAAAGUUGGCGAUUCACUUCACUUGCUCGGUAUGCCCUUCGGGGAAACUGACUUGUGUUGCGAACAUGUACCUCACUCAAGAACAGAGAUCUGAGCAGACCUCGAGGUUUUUCCUUUUCAUUUUUCAUUCAUGUAUUCUUCGCAAGUGCCUAGAGUAGCCGCAGUGACGAUAAUUUCCCUUUGCGUGAAGUUGUUCUCUUCCUUUGCGAACCCUCUCAUGGAGGUGUUUGCUGGGAAUACAGAGACACUCGUGAUUCGCAUGAUAUAGUUUUCAAUCGGAGCAGGCUUGGCCUUCGUGAGGUGCCGUAUGGGAUGGAGGAAUGCUUUGAGAUACGAAUUUGCUGCCCGGUGAUGAUCAAUCGACCAAAAAGCCAAAUUUGCAGACAACAGCGGCGGGCAUCAUCUAGAAUGUUUGCAGGGCAUUUACUUGUCCACUGCCGCGAGUUGUCAGUGAGAACCCAAGAGAGCUAAUCUGAGGGAGCCAUCACAUCUUCGUAUCUCAAGUCACAUACAUAGUCGCAAACACUUCAAUAGCUGUAGGAAAACAAAU